AUUAACAAUUUUUAACAGAGAAGGGAAGAAGAGUGUGUGGUGAGUCGUGGAUUAGUUCAUCAGUUCUUACUUCUUACCCGUCACCGCUGCCGUUCCUUCUCACUCCUCACAAACCGCGCCUCUCUCUCCUCUUUUUCCUUUCUUAUAUUUUCUCCGUCUUUUCAAAGCGAACCAACUCUCUCUCUCUCUCUUUCUCUCUCUCUCUCUCUCUCUUGAAACGAGCUGAGCGACAGGUGAGCGGAAUCUCGCCGGGGUAUCGAGCCGGCGGGGCGGGGAAUUGGAUUGACUGUGGCGGAGAGCGGUGGAACUGCGGCGACGGCGUCGAUCGCGAUCGGGGGAAGGUGGAGAAUCGGAGCUAACCGAUACGGAAAAUAAAUGCUCUGUGAGGUUGGAGGAGAGUUUGUAAUUGUGUGCAAGAGUGUGUUGGCUUGCAAUGCAGGGAAAGAGAAGGUAUCGUCGUAACGUAGGAGCUUUUUGCACGCCAUAGAUGCCGAGAUCGCUUCCUCCGUCGUCCAUGCCUUGUGCCGUACUUCAUUCAAUUGCGCUACCGCUUAAAAGCACCGCCUUUGUCUCAUUUCUCGCCUUGGUGUAGAGAUAGGGAGGCUGAUUUGGGAAUAAGGAAGGUUGGAGAUCUUAGCGAUCCUUCGCCAGGUGCGACUCUGCUUAGUUGAUUGCGUUUUCUGAUUCGGAAAUCAAGUCGCGAUUACUUUUCGUGGUGCGCCGAUCGAAUUUCGGAAGUAGAGCAUUCCAGAGCAUUUCAUCUGUGAAGAGGUCUUCUGCCCUGACAGAGGGGGCAAGUGAGGAAGUUUUGAGUUUGAGUUUUGCAUUUUAGAUUCUGGCGUCUGAGGCCAUUGAACCAAUGGAUCAAAGGAGUGUAUCUAUGUCAUCUCGCUGCUUUGAGGAUAUUUGUUUACCGGCUGAGAGACAAGUUGGAUUUUGGAAGCAAAAUACCAUGCCUGAUCACCAUGAUGGAAUGGUUCAAAUUCCUGGUAGCAAAAUGGUUGCUUCAUCAUCCUUGGAGAAAAUUUUACCAGUUGGAUCACAGUCUGUGGAUUGCUCGGAGACGCCUCAAUUUUAUGCAGCUAGAGAUCAGAUGGAAAAACUUCACAAUGGUGGAAAACAAGGAACUGAUGAUUUGUUGAAUACUUCAUCGAGAUUUACAAAUCGCAGUCUGAAAACAGGGACAAAUUUGAAUAUACACCUGGCAUCUUGCGGUAUGGAUGGAAACAGGACUGAUAUAAAUGGUGCCCAGUAUGAGAGCAGUCUAUUCUCUAGCUCAUUCUCUGAGAUAUUUAGUAGAAAGUUGAGAUUACCAGUGAAUAAUGUCCUCUCACAUCAGUCUGUUGACACUGUUGCCUCACACUAUGAGGAUGUGGAACCUUUUGAAAGUGACAAAGAAAUUGAGGCACAAAACAUUCGCAAUCUUCUUCCAGAUGAAGAAGAUCUCUUUUCUGGAGUGAUUGAGGAGCUUGGAUGUAAUACUACUUCUAAUAAUGGUAAUGAUGUAGAAGAUUUUGAUCUGUUUAGCAGUAGUGGAGGCAUGGAAUUAGAAGUGGAUGAUCGCACAUGUGCUGGUUACCGAGUCUCUGAAUCUAGUGGGAGAGUUUUGAAUGGUCAAGUGGAUUCUAAUGGCUCAGCUAUGAGUCAACGCCCUUAUGGUGAACACCCUUCCAGAACACUUUUUGUGAGAAAUAUUAAUAGUAGCAUUGAUGAUUCUGUUUUAAGGAAUCUUUUUCAGAAAUAUGGAGAAAUUCGCACUCUCUACACAGUCUGCAAGCAUCGAGGAUUUGUCAUGAUUUCUUAUUAUGAUAUAAGGUCAGCCAGAGAUGCAAUGAAAGCACUUCAAAAUAAACCAUUGGGGCGUAGGAAGCUUGACAUACACUACUCAAUUCCCAAGGAUAAUCCUUCAGAGAAAGACAUUAACCAGGGCACUCUUGUUGUAUUCAACCUUGAUUCUUCUGUUACAAAUGAUGAUAUUCGUGAACUUUUUAGCGUUCAUGGAGAAAUUAAAGAAAUCCGUGAGACACCAUAUCAGCAUCAUCAAAAAUUCAUAGAAUUUUAUGAUGUUAGAGACGCAGAAGCUGCUUUCCAUGCAUUGAACAGAUAUGAUAUUGCUGGAAAGCGGAUAAAGCUUGAACCAAGCCGGCCAGGGGGUGCAAGACGUUCAAUGCAACAGGGCUGUUCUGAGCUGGAGCAAGGAGAACCUAGUAUGUCUCAAAGCCUUGAUGACAACUCAUCAUCAAAAUGUAUGGCGACUGUUUCUCCUGGAGUGACAACUUCCCACUGCAUAGAUAAUGAAUCUAUCCAGGGUUUGCAGUCUGCAAUCCAAUUGCCUAUUGAUCCAUUUUCUGAAAAUGGCUUCCCUCAUGGGAGUUCUGGUGUUUCAAAUACAUUGCACUGUUCAGUGAGAGGGACCUCUAUUGGCAAUCAAUACAGUCUUGGUGAGCCAAACUACUCUUCGGAACGAGUGAAAUUUGGUAACCAAGGCAUUCCAAGUUCUCAUCCCCAUUGCCUUCCUGAAUACUGUGAUAAUUUAGGUAAUGUUAUUCCAUACAACUCCUUGAGCACCAUUGCGGACACGGCUGGCAGUAAUGGUGCCAAAAUAACUGAAGGAGCAGACAGCAGGCACAUUAGUGGAGUCGUUUCUAAUGGGCAAGCAGUGGAGCUUAAUGGAGGAGUAAUUGGCUGUUCUGGAAAUGGGAAUUCUCCCCUUCAUGGUCAUCACUCUAUGUGGAGGAAUUCCAACUCCUAUCAGCAUCAUCCUUCAGGUUCCAUGAUUUGGCCAAAUUCGCCGUCACUUGUCAAUAGUGUUCAUGCUCAUCGUCCUCCACAUCUGACUGGAAUCCCUAGGGCUCAGCCUCAUAUGGUUAACAUAGUUUCAUCCGUACAUCACCACCACAUAGGAUCAGCACCGGCUGUUAAUCCCUCCAUCUGGGAGAGGCGACAUGCUUAUGCAGGGGAAUCUCCUGAGGCUUCCAGUUUUCACCUGGGCUCUCUUGGGAGUCUGGGUUUUCCUGUUGGUUCUCCAUUGCUCCCUUUGGACAUUGCCUCACACAACAUUUUUUCUCAUGUUGGUGGAACAUGCAUAGACAUCUCUCCAAGUGCUGGCUUGCGGUCUCCACAGCAGAUGUGCCACAUUUUUCCUGGAAGGAACCCAAUUAUGUCAGUGCCGGCCUCUUAUGAUUCUCAUAGUGAACGAAUGAGGAGCUUUUUGCACCGUAGAAAUGAAGUCAAUUCCAGUCAUGCUGAUAAGAAACAGUAUGAACUUGAUAUUGACCGCAUAUUACGUGGGGAAGACAGCCGAACAACACUGAUGAUAAAGAACAUUCCCAACAAGUAUACUUCGAAAAUGCUUCUGGCUGCAAUUGAUGAACAUCAUCGUGGAACUUAUGAUUUUAUUUAUUUGCCAAUUGACUUCAAGAACAAAUGCAAUGUGGGCUAUGCAUUCAUCAACAUGAUUGAUCCUCUUCAGAUUAUCUCAUUCCAUCAGACGUUCAACGGAAAAAAAUGGGAGAAAUUUAAUAGUGAAAAGGUGGCAACUCUUGCAUAUGCUCGAAUUCAGGGAAAAGCUGCUCUUAUUGCCCAUUUCCAGAAUUCAAGCUUGAUGAAUGAGGAUAAACGUUGCCGUCCCAUUCUCUUUCAUACUGAUGGUCCAAAUGCUGGCGAUCAGGAGCCAUUCCCAGUUGGUACCAAUAUCAGAUCAAGACCUGGAAAGCCUCGAGCAGUUGGCAAUGAGGAGAACCACCACCAUCACCAGGGAAGCCCAUCAUCUUCUGCAAAUGGCGAGGAAUCUUCCAACAGGACAGACUCUUCGUUAGGCUCGACAAAGGACAUGGAUUGAGUAUAGUUACUUUUCUGGAGGCACCGACUAACCUAUAUCAGAGUUCCCACAAAUCUUGUUCAUCCUCGAUUCUUUUCCCCAACAGGGAGAAAACCCAUUUUAUAAGUUUUUGAAACCAAAGACCCUUUUAACCAAAAUGCACUUCAUGGCCCCUGUAGAGGGAUUUUCUCGAGGUAUAUCCUGAGAUUUAGAAAGCAGGCAUAAGUACAACAGCUCGAGAUUUUGGCUGGCCACGAAUGAAAAUAACACAAUUUUUACAAUGUACAGGAGUUUCCAAAUUCAGGGGGAGGCUUCACUUUGCUUUUUCAUUCUUUUUUCAACGUCAACAUGUCUGUAAUUCCUUUUCCAUUGAUAUUAUCCUUCUGGUUCUGUAUUUUUUUUCUUAAAGGUUGUGGAGUCGCUGUGGAUCAUCUGUUUUUUGGUCUCUGGGCAGCGUGUGGCUGACCUUGGAAAUACACUGCACAGAACAGAAUUGUUCUGGUUGUGGAAAA